UCUUGCUUCAAAACUGGCUUUAGCCUACAAUUUUCCCUGAAUCAUGACGACAAAUGUUACACUGGCGGCGUGCUUGUCUUUUCGUAGAAAAAUAAAAGCACUGCUUUAUGUUUCUGGUCUUUGGUUACCUGAAAAGCUAGGUUCAUUCUAUGGUCUUUUGCCAUUCGUUUUUGCUAUCGUUUCGGCUAUCACAAGUUUUGGUAUCUUGGCAUUGGUCUCACAUCACAUAACGCGAGUUCCUGUUGUCGUGAGAGGCAUGAGCGUCGGGACCAGUUUAUUAUGCGUUAUUCUCAAGAUAUUCUGUGUGAUUUCACAGCGUAAACGUGCGAUUGAGCUUCAUGAAAUUCUGGAUCACUACUUCUCUAGAGUUCUCAGCGAUGAACAUAUGACUAAUCUCAUGUUAACUGGUAUCUUCACUCUUCGACGGAUAUGCUUUACUCUUUUUUUUGCCAGCUCCUUCACAGUUUUUCUUAACUUUGUAACACCAACUAUUGACAUAAUUAACCAGAAACGCAAUGGAGUUCAACCUAUCAAGUAUUCUUUGAUCUAUCCUGGAGUAUAUCCUUGGGAUACCGUUCAAUACGGUGUUAUACAUCAAAUUCACUUCAUUAUCGAAAUAUUAGCCUCUGUGAGUCUAUUCUGUGUUACUUGUGGAGUAGAUGGUCUCUUCGCUUUUUAUGUAUUUCAAGUGACAGGUCAGCUCCGAGUGAUGUCACAUCGUUUAACUCAUGUUGAAGAGAAAAAUAAUAUCCAAAUUGUCAUAAGAGAAUGUUCCCAGCAAUAUCGAAUGUUACUCAAGUGUCUAGAUUCUAUGGAUGACAUCUUUGGUCCUUUUGUAUUGUGGAUGAUGGCGACAAAUGCCAUCGUUCUAUGCGCGUUAAUAUUUCAACUGUCUCAAAUAACAAAUAUAUCGAUAUUCCGAGUGAUUUUCAUUUUGACGUAUCUUACUAUGAAGAUGACGCAAACAUUCAUUUAUACGUGGUCUGGAACAUCUCUCAUUCAUCAAAGUGAAAAAUACCUGGAAGCCAUUUACGAAAUUGAUUGGUUUGGGAAGAAGACGAUCAUGUCUUCGAUCAUCAUUAUGCUAUGUCAACGACCACUUCGUCUCAAACCCUUCGGAUUUUCCGUUAUAUCCAUGAAUGUAUUUGUCAUGAUUCUCAAUACAGCGAUAUCUUACUUCUGUCUGCUCAGAACUGUGGAACAAAAGUCUUGAAGAAUCAACAGACCUUCCGAUACCUGCAUCAUCAUUAAAAUCAGACUUGUGUAUAAUAAUCAGUCUUUUGGCUUUGUCGUAAGAGCCAUCGGUAUAGUAGUAGAAGUGACAAAGGAAGUACAGAGCCUGUAUUGUUAACAUGUGAAUUCUGAAUUUAAUCUGAUAAAAGUAGAUUACUGUCAUAGUAGUGUAUUUAGUAGAAAACGAAGGUGGAGGAUUCACUGAG